GUCGGCUGUCGAGAAAUGAAGGCUAAGAUGUGCUGUGCUGGACUGCGGAAUCUUCUCCAAGGGCUGAGCUUCAGUGCCAAGUACUACUGUAAGCAUAACCCUCCUGAAACGGUGUGUCCUUCCAGUAAAAUUGGACUGAAAAAGUGCCACAUCCUGGCCUGUUCAAAAAGUACAUCAUACACCCACAGGACUGCACCACCUGGAAGCAUCCUGCCAUGCAGAUUAUUUUCCUGCAAGCAGGAGGGAACAAAAGUCCCUUCCAAAAGGAAACAAAAUACAUCCAUAGUAACUUCAGACCUUUUGCACAAGAACCUUCUAAAAUCAGAGAAAAAAAACUGGAAUAACAUUUCACCAACAUACAAAGCUAUGACAAAGAGAAUCAAAGAAAAACUGGAAGAAUUGCACAACAUGUAUACACUCAAUUCAGGAAGCCCAAGGAUGAGGUUGGGAGAGAAUGUGUACUUUGAAGAGAAUGGCUACAUAUUUCUUUCAAAAGCAGAUGAUGGUGAAGGAAAUGCUGAGAUUUUAUUCAGUGUUGAAGAUCUUGGCUUUUCUGAUGCCUUUAUUCAGCGGAUCAGAAUUUCACCAGAUCAGAGAUACAUGGCCAUCAGCUUAAAAAGUGAAAAUUCUGAAGAGGCAACCUGCAUUAUUAUGAAGCUUGGUAAUCUUCCUGUUGUGGAAAAAGUAAUUCCAAGUGUAUUUAGCUUUGAAUGGGCUGCAAAUGAUGUUCUGUAUUACACAACUCAGAAGAACCUUAAGUGCCAGAAUGUAUUCAUGACCACUUUCACUUACCAGAAACAUGCUAAGUUAGUUUAUACAGAACAAGAUGCAAGAUUCUUUGUAGACCUUUAUUGCACAAAAGACAGGCGUUUUCUCACUAUCAACAGCAACAGUAAGACAAGCUCAGAAGUUUGGCUGGUUGACUGCAGACAUCCCUUUGAGCCACCUGUUCUUGUACAAGCACGAACCAUGGGGGUCAUUUACCACAUCGAGCACAGAAAGGACCAGUUGUACAUUCUUACUACAUAUGGAGAACCUCCAGAAUAUAAGUUGAUGAAGGCACCAGUGGCUUCAAGUGGCAAGGAGAACUGGCAGUUAGUUUAUGCACUGGAAAAGAAAACCAAGCUAGUAGACUUUGAGAUGUUCAGUGAUGACUGCAUUAUGUUCCUGAAGAACGCCGGUCAUCUUUACUUAAAUGUGAUUUCUUUUGUUUCACACUCAGUUCGGCCAAUAAAGCUACCUACAUGGGCCUGUGAAUUUGAAUUGGAAUCUCAUCCUGAACUUACCACCAGCACCUGCUAUUUUCAGCUCUCCUCCCCAGUACACCCCCCUAAGCGUUUUGCAUAUUCAUUUAAAGAAAAUAAUCUCAUUGAACAAGCUGUGCAAGAGGUACCAAUUAUUACGAAUUGUCACACUACACGUUUACUAGCUAAAAGCAAGGAUGCAACUUCGGUGCCAAUUACAGUUUUUCAUAAUAAGAAUUCUAAAGAACUACACAGGAGACCACUUCUAGUUCAUGUAUAUGGAGCUUAUGGCAUAGAUUUGAACAUGAGCUUUAAAGAAGAGAAGCUGAUGUUAAUUGAAGAGGGUUGGAUAUUAGCGUAUUGCCACGUUAGGGGUGGAGGAGAGCAGGGCCUUGGCUGGCACAGAGAUGGAUGUCAGCAUAAUAAACUCAAAGGUCUCCACGACCUCAGGGCUUGCAUUAGGCUGCUGCACCAGCUGGGAUUUUCUCAGCCCAGACACACAGCACUGGCAGCUGCAAGUGCUGGUGGAGUUCUCGCAGGAGCCCUGAGCAACACUGAUCCAGCACUGAUCAGAGCCAUGGUUUUACAGGCUCCUUUCGUAGAUGUUCUGAAUACAAUGAUGAAAACUCAUCUCCCACUGACAAUUGAGGAGCAAGAAGAAUGGGGAAAUCCAUUAGAAGAUGAAAAGUGCAUGAAGUAUAUCAAAAGCUAUUGCCCUUACCAGAAUAUUAAGCCACAGUGCUAUCCAUCAGUUUUUAUCACGGCGUAUGAAAAUGAUGAACGGAUACCACUAACAGGAAUUUUACAGUAUGUUCAGAAACUCAGGAAGGCUGCACUAGAUCAUGCCAGCAGAACAAGUAAGAAAGGAAACUGGAUUCCUAAUAUCAUCCUAGAUGUCCAGGCAAAUGGCAGUCAUUGUGAUUCAUCCUGGGAGCACUCAGUGAAUGAGGUUGCAAGACACCUUGCUUUUCUGAACAGAGAACUUGAGGAAGUGUGCCAUCCCCAACAUCACAGCAAAUCCUUCAAAUAA